AUGGUGGUGUGUUGCCUUUUUUUUUUUUUUACGCUCUUCACUCGACAACCUUUUUUUUUAAUUUUUAAUUUUAACUUUUUAUUUUUUUUCUCUGAAACUAUUUUUAGCGGUUGUGUGUUUCUGGAAGAAAUGCGUCGGGCGACGAUUUUGUGUGCCAUUUGGAUGCCAUUUUCGCAACCUGCCAUCACGCAGGCGCUGCAGGAGCUGCAAGGGUGGCGCAUGGAGGGCAACAUGAACAAGGGCGCGAUAUGUCGUGAUUUUGAGUUUCGUGACUUCAAACAGGCGAUGGCGUUUAUGAACGCCGUGGCUGUCGACUGCGAGAGGAUGGGGCACCACCCGAGCUGGACGAAUACUUACAACAGGCUCCAGGUGCAACUCACAACACAUGGCUCGGGGAACCGUGUCACACAAAAGGAUAUCGAUCUUGCGCGUAGGAUGAACGACGUGUUUAGAGAAAUUUCAGUUUCCCAGUGA